GUGUGUUUUCCCAUCAUCUCUCUCAGGUAGACAUAGAAAUGUCUUUUGUGGAGCAGGCAGGCAUCCUGGCCCUGGUGGAGGGGCUGUUAGCUUACUCCUGGUCUGCAGAGAAAGAUCCCGUUCAGGUUCCUUUCCAAACCAUGACGUAUGAGGAGGCCAUGCGGGACUACGGUGUGGACAAGCCUGACACCAGGUUCUGCAUGAAGCUGAUGGACCUCAGUCCGGUUUUCUCAUCCACUCAAGCAGAGUUCCUCAGAUCAGCUCUCAGCAAACCAGCAGGCUCCGUUCAGGCCAUCUGCGUCCCCAGUGGAGCGAAACUAUUUUCUGCUAAAGAUUUGGAAGAAUUGAAACGGACCGCUAGGACUCUGUUUGGACAAGUAGGUUUCUCUGAUUUUUCUCUAAAUGACUUUUUUCUUAUUAUAGAUCAAGUAUUUUCUUCCUCCUCCUGUGUCUGUGUGGCUGCGUAUGAGUGA